AAUGGGGCGUUUUAUAUGUAUAACUUCUAUUCCCGAACUGGAUUACCUGAAUUACUGUCCAAAGUAUCUGAAUUGGAAGAAGUAUCCAUGGAAUAUUUGACCUUAUUUUUCUUGCUCUUAUUUUUGGAAACAUCGUUAUUUAAUCUUCUGGAUGGUGGAUGUGCAGGAG